AUGAAUGUGACCAACUGUACAAGAACAACUGAAUUUAUUCUGGCUGGAUUGCCAGGGAUUGUAGGAAUGGAAAGGAUGAUUUAUGCCAGUGUCUUUUUGCUCUAUCUCCUGUGUCUGAUGGGCAAUGGGCUCAUCGUUACGGUGGUCAUCAUGGAUCGUCAUCUCCAGAAGCCCAUGUAUUUCUUCCUUAGCAACCUUUCUUUCAAAGACAUUGGACACACCACAACCUUCAUACCCAAGCUGUUGCUCAAUUACCUCUCUGGUAACAAUGCCAUCUGUUUUUAUUGCUGUGUGAUACAGUUGUGUUUCUACUUCCUUUUUGGAGUCACUGAAUUUUUCAUCAUCACUUUGAUAUCCUUGGAUAGAUACGUAGCCAUUUGCCAUCCUUUGAGACAUGCCACUAUCAUGACUUCGGGGGUCUGCCUUCAACUGGUAAAAGCAGCCUGGUUUGGCGGAUUCUUCUCCAUAAUUUUCCAGGUAGUGAUGAUUGCAAACUUGCCCUACUGCACUUCCAACAUUAUCAAUCAUUUCUAUUGCGAUGUUGGACCCGUGUUGAAGAUUGCAGGAGGAGAUACACGUCUCAUUGAAGCCCUGGGCUUCCUUGUUGCUGUGGUUGUGGUUGUGUCCUCCUUGGUUUUCACUCUCAUUUCUUACUUCUUCAUCCUCUGCACCAUUCUCCGAAUGCCUUCAACCUCCAGACAGCAGAAGGCCUUUUCCACAUGUGCUUCCCAUCUGGUUGUGGUCAGCCUUUUGUACGGGUCGGUUUUUUUCGUCUACUUAAGACCGACUAUCAAGAACUCUUCCUUCACUAUGACAAAGUCUGUCUCCGUACUCUAUACUUUCAUCAUCCCUGUGCUCAACCCCUUCAUCUACAGCAUUAGGAACAAUGAAGUGAAAGAUUCUGUACAUAAAAUGAUAGGAAGAAAGAUUUCAGGUCUCUGA